AUGGCAUCAACGAAUCAACUUAUUCUUGGCUAUUGGAAUAUUCGAGGUUUUGCUGAACCAUCUCGUUUAUUACUUCAAUAUAAAAAAGUACCAUUCACAAAUAAAUUAUAUAAUUUCGGUGAUGCACCAGAUUUUAAACGUGACGAAUGGCUCAAUGAAAAAAACUCAUUAGGUCUCGAUUUUCCAAAUUUACCAUAUUUAAUUGAUGGCGACUUAAAAUUAUCGCAAGCAAAAACAAUCUUAACACACCUUGGCCGUAAAUUUCAAUUAAUGGGAAACAAUGAAGUUGAAACAUCAUUAAUUGAAUUACUUAUUGAUCAAUCAAGUGACUUACGACAAGAAUUAAAUAAUGUUUGUUAUCGUGCUAUUAAUUUUGAAGCUGUAAAAAAGAAAUUUUGUGACGAAACUUUACCAGUGCAUUUAAAAUUAUUUGAAGAUUUUCUUACAAAAAACGGAAAAAAAUGGAUCAUCAGUGAUACAUUAACAGCUGCUGAUUUUCAAUUAUUUGAAUAUCUUGAUCAUUGUUGGCUUUUAUCGAAUGAUAACUGGGCUGAAUAUCCAAAAGUUUCUGCUUACAUGAAAGCAUUUCGAGAAUUGCCGGAAUUGAAAAAAUAUCUCGAAAGCGAACACGCUAAACGUCCAAUUAAUGGUAAAAUGGCUAAAUUUGGCGGUUUAAUCGUUCAACAUGUAGAAAAAAAGAAAGAAGAACCAGCAAAAGUCGAUGAAAAUCAACAACCUCCAACAGCUUAA